GUCAUAAGUUAAAGAGUAUGUGUUUUCAUUAUUACGAAAAUAAUUAAUUGCAAUGAGCGAAAAAAAUACUAAUUCGGCUUUAGUUAGACGGGUUAAUAAAUUACUCGAAUCAAGAGUAGAACAUGACAAGGUUUAUCACUAUUUCCUAUUUUUUUUUUUUCUUUUUUUUAGGAUACAUUGGAAGCUUUGAAAGAACUAUCAACAUUUUUUACGGAAAACACAUUAAAUGCUCGUCGUAAUUUAAGAAGUAAAAUUGAGAGAAGAAGUCUUGCCAUUAACGAAGAUUUUUUAUCUGCGUUUAGGGAAGUCAAAAUUUGUUUAGAUAAUAUAUAUCAAGAUGUUUUAGCGAUGAAUAAUUCAGUUCAGUGUAUGACAAAUCGAUUACAAGUUACAAAAACUAAAACUUCACAACUCAUUGAACAGACAACGAAACUUCAAAAUGAAAGUCAAAUAUUGUCCAUGCAACAAGAAGUUGCAAGUGCAUUUAUUAAGAGUUUUCAAUUAUCUCAAUCAGAGAUAACGAGUUUACAUGGGUCACAUAGAGAAUCGCCAAUAACGGAAGAAUUUUUUACUAUUCUUAAUCGAGUACAGGAAAUACAUAGCAACUGUAGAAUAUUGAUGCAAUCUGGAUAUCAAACAUUGGCAUUAGAUAUAAUGCAAAGAAUGACGCUUCUUCAAGAAGCUGCCUUGGAAAGGUUAUAUAGAUGGACACAGAAUCAAUGUAAAUAUAUAGAAGAUGAACAAUUGGCAUUUUUACUUGUUAAAGCUAUGGGUAAAUUGCAAGAUAGACCUGUUUUAUUUAAAUAUAUUUUAGAUGAAUAUUGUGCUAAUAGAAGAACAGCACUCGUAGGAUCUUUCAUAGAUGCAUUGACAUUAGGUGAACCAAUUGGUGGAACACCAAAUCCCAUAGAAAUGCAUGCUCAUGAUCAUAAAAGAUAUGUUGGUGAUAUGCUUGCUUGGUUGCAUCAAGCAAUUCCAAUAGAAAAGGAGAACAUAUUGAUUUUAGUUAAAGAUUGUGAUAAAACUGAUGUAUCUGAUCAAAUUAAACAAUGUUUAAGUAAUAUUACUGAAGGACUUUGUCAUCCAUUACAAUCAAGAAUAGAACAUAUAGUUUCUGUGGAAGCUCCAGCUACUGUAUUAUAUUCGGUUACAACUCUUAUAAGAUUUUAUCGUGCUAUAAUUCAACAAGUUAUACCAGAUAGUGUUCUCGAUUCAACGUUAUAUGAUUUAUUAGUAUUAAGCGAAAAGAGCUUUCUCAGUAGAUUACAAAGAGAAACAAGAACAGCUCUUGGAGAAAGAGCUGAACCACCGGGAAAUGAUUUAGUACCAGCACCAUCGGUUUCAAGAUUAUUAUAUCUAUUGAAUGAAAUUUUAUCUGUAGCUAGUAUAGCAGAAGAUAGAGAAAAGGAUAUGCUUCAAAUAGUAUCGUGUAUCAUUGAUCCAUUAUUACAAGAAGUUAAUGAAACAGCUUCUAGACUACCAACAGUUGACAUGGCUGUUUAUCUUCUUAAUUGUAUGCAUCAAAUACAAUCGACAUUAGGAUUGUAUGAAUAUAUGGAUCAAAGAUUGGAACGAUUACAGGCUCAGUCCGAUGCACAAAUUGAUACCCUUACAUCGGAACAAGCUAGUUCUUUGGUUGCAAAUUUAAAUCUCGGAUCAAUAUAUACUAUUUUACAAGGACAUGAACAAGGGCCGCUAUCUGAUAUCCCUGGAAUGGAUCCGUUAAGUGUAAAAGAAUUCACGAACAAAUUGGAAGCAUUUUUAGUAAUGCCAGAUGUAUUAUUAUUACCACAAAUAAAUCUACUUCAGAGUAACAAUCAUUGUGAGGUUACGAAGAAACGUUCGUUCGAAGUAAUCGGAGCUAUUUACAAACAGCUUUACGAAGCUUGUCACGAUACAAAAAAUUUAUAUAAAAAUCCUAACGGUCUAUUUACUAGAACACCCGAAGAACUUUUACAAAUAUUAGUUUCUCAAUGAUUUCGAGCUUGGAAAAUGAAUAUGCUUAAUAAAGAUGUACAUGAACGCGA